GGAAGUGGCUUGGGGCAAGAUGCAUGUUGGCCGGCGGUGUGCCUCACGUCUGGAAGUUAGGGGCUGGAGGUUCCUGGGCCGGCUACUGCUUUCGCAUCUUUCUUCUUGCAGCCGUUCCUUUGGGUCUGGCCACCGUUUGUAGCAUCCCUUCCCCACCGCGGGCCGCCCCUGGAACUCACGAUGCCUGAAAGAUAGAGACACUGACUUGAAGACUCAUGGCAGUAACACUACUGUAAUGUGAUUUCUAAGUGCCGACCUCUUCUUUCCCUUGGUGGACUACAGGUCUGUGAUUUUAUCUUGAUACUAGCAUUUCUUGCCAAUUGCUUUUGGAUAUGCCUCCUUUAGUUAUACUAUUCUCUAUUCUCUUCAGUGCUGCCUUCAGUUACAUUUUCUCCAGGCCCUUGUCCACAGUGUUGCCAUUGUGGUCUUUCUGGCCUACAAAUAUGUAAUAUAAGUUACAAAGAGAUACAAAGAAAAGAUCACUGUUACAAAAACCAUGACCAUGGGCAGACAUUUGCAGUACAUACUGUAUACAAUAUGAUAAAUCCUGUGCCUAAACCUUGCAAAAAAUAACUUGGCAAAAAUGAGCACCUUAAUCUUCCAGGGUGGGGGAUGUUGGCAGCUGAGGAGUGGGGGCAACAGGGAAGACCUGAUUUAAAAGGUAAUAGAUAAGCUGAGACUUUUAAGUUAGAGUUCAGUGAUUUCUGCAACACUAGGGUUUAUCAGCCAUAACACUGACACUUUUAACCAGAUCAUUCUUUCUAUGGAGAAUUAUGUUAUGCAUUGUAGGAUGUUUAAUCACAUCUCUGGCCUCUACCUACUAGCUACUAGUAGCAUCCCUUCCCAAAUGUUUCCAGACAUUGCUAAAUAUCUGGGAUAUGGGAGGAAUUGAGAACCACUGAGCUAAAGAGCUCUACAGCAGAGUGGAGAUAGGAGAAAGCCACAUUCAGAAAAGGCUGUAUGAAGGAGAAAGAAAAGAAAGUGCAAGUGAAGUAGCUCAGUCAUAUCCGACUCUUUGCGACCCCAUGGACUGUAGCCUAUCAGGCUCCUCUGUCCAUAGGAUUUUCCAGGCAAGAGUACUGGAGUGGGUUGCCAUUUCCUUCUCCAGAGGAUCUUCCCAACCCAGGGAUCAAACCCAGGUGUCCCACAUUGUAGGCAGAUGCUUUUACCCUCUGAGCCACCUGGGAAGCCCUGUAAAGGAAAGUUUAUAGCAGAUAAAGCAAAACAGUUUUACAUAUCAUAAAGGGCCUUGCAUUCUGUGCUGAAGAGUUAAGUUCCUUAUUGAAAGAUUUCAAGGAGGUAAGUUGUAUUACAUAUGUGUUAAAACAGUCUCUCUAGCAGUGUAUUUAGUUUGAUAGGGCUGUUGUAACAUAGUACCACAAACUGGAUGGCUUCCACAGAAAUUUAUUCUCCCAUAGUUACGAUGGCCAGAAGUCCAAGGUCAAUGUGAUAGCUAACUUUUGAUUGUUACUGACAAUCCUUGGCAUUCCUUGACUUGAAACUGCAUAACCCCAUCUUUGCCUCCCUAGUUUGACUCUCAUCUGUCUUCACAUGGCCUUCUCUUUGUAUGUGUCAAUCUCCAUGUCUCUUCUCUUAUAAAUAUACUAGUCAUGUUGGCUUAAAAGCCCACCCUACUCCAAUAUAUAAAAGCGUCUGCCUACAAUGCUGUCAAAAGACAGUUCAUAUUGGCAAAAGGAAUAACAUAUACGUCAAUGGAACAAAAUAGAGAUUCCAAAAGGAGAUCCACACAUACAGUCCAUUGAUUCUUGACAAAGAUACAAAGACAAUUCAAUACUUAAAGUUUAAUCUUUUCUGCAAAUAGUGCUGCACCAAUUUAUAUCUGUAUGAAGCUCCAUCCAUACUUCAAACUCUGAACAAAAACUAACUUAAAAGCGAUCAUAAACCUAAAAGUAAAAAUUUAAACUAUAAUCUUUGUGUCCUUGGAUUAAGCAAAAACUUCUUAGAUAUGACAACAAUAGUACAAUCCCUAAAAGUUGACAAAUUAAAUUUCAAAAAAUUAUGAAUUUCUGUUCUUAAAAAGGCACUGUUAAAAGAAUGGAAAGGAGGAGAUAUUUGCCAGUCACAUAUUUUUCAUAAAGGACUUGUAUCCAAAAUAUGUAAAGAAUUCUCAAAAGUCAAUUAUUUUAAAAAAUCUAAUUCUAAAUAUAGGAAAAAGUCAAAGAAGAUGCAGUUGUCUCUUGGUAUCCAUGGGGGAUUGGAUCCAGGACCCUCUUGGAUACUAAAAUUUGCUGAUGCUCAAGUCUUAUGUAAAAUAUAAUAUUCUUUGCAUAUAACCUACACACAUCCUCCUGUAUACUUUAAAUCAUCUCUAGAUUACUUAUAAUCCCUAAUAAAAUAUAAAUGCUUUGUAAAUAGUUGGUGAUGUGCAGCAAAUUAAUGUUUUGCCUUUUGGAACUUUUGGAACUUUUUCCCCCAAAUAUCUUUGAUCCAUGGUUGAUUGAAUUCAGGGAUGUGGAACCCAUGGAUUUGAAGGACCAAUUAUAUGAAUGGCAAAUAAGCACAGGAAAGGAUGCCCAGCAUUAUUAGUCAGUAGAGAAAUGCAAAUUAAAACCUUAUGAAAUACCACUAUGUCUUUUAGAAUACCGAAAUCUAUGUGUAUAUAUGUGUAUGUGCGUGUUUCAAAUGCUGGUUAGAAUGUAGAACAAUUGCAGUUCUCACAUAUUGCUAGUGGAAUGCAAAGUAUUAUAGUCACUUUGGGAAACAGUCUGGCAGUCUCUCAUAAAGUUAUCCAUAUACUUAGCUUACGACUCAGCAGUUUUUUUUUCUGGAUAUUUACCAAGGAGAAAUGUUCACACAAAAAUUCAUAUGCAGAUAUUUAUAGUGGCCUCAUUUGUAAUCAUCAAAAACUGGAAGCAACUGAGAUAGUCUAAACUAGAGAAUGGGUAAACAUUUAUCCAUAUAAGGAAUGAGAGGGCUUGCCAGGUGGCGUUAGUGGUAAACCUACCUGCCAAUGCAGGAGAUGUAAGAGACGCAGGUUCUAUCCCUGGGUUGGGAAGAUUCCCCGGAGGAAGGCACAGCAGUCCACUCCAGUAUUCUUGCCUGGAGAAUCCCAUGGACAGAGGAGCUUGGCGGGCUAUGGUCCUUGGGGUCACAAAGAGUCAGACACGACUGAAGCAAAUGGUCAUAGGAAGUCCACUGGUGAAUGCUUGCCGUGCCAUGCUAUAUAAGGAGUAAACUUCUGAUACAUAUACUAACGUUGAUGACUCAAGUACAAUAUGCUAAGUGGAAGAUGCCAGACUCAAAAAGGCUACAUACUGUAUGAUUUUAUUUCUAAAACAUUCUGUGUCAUGAGUUUGUGGGACUAGAUUUGGGGGUUGCAAGUGUUGAUAGGGCAUCAGGGUUCCUUAGAGGUGCAGGACCUAUGCCCCAGAGAAGACUUUACAGAACUUGAAAUAAAGUCCAUAGUAGAAGUUAAUGUGGAGACAACGGGGUUAGGAGUGGGGUGGGGGCGUGGAGCACAUGUGGGAUAACGAAUGUUAAGUGGAGAAGAGGAAAGUGUUAGGACCUUUCUUGACAAUACGUUGAGCUGGAUUAUGUGGAAAUUAGUCUCAUGUUGAGAGUGAGGGGCAGGUUAAGAGCUUCAGUGUGUCAAAACAGCAUAGCUGAUAUAGCAAAUGCUGAAAGGAAUCGAAUCAGCAGCACUGAGUGUCAGAUGAGAUUAAAUAUGGAAUUUCAAUUAGACCCAGUCUGCAUGGUUUCCUGACUUUGUUUAGCCAUGUUCCACAUCCCCAGGAGAGAAAGCAGAAGGAAUUCCCAGAUGGAAUUGGCAUGGCAGAAGGCUAAGAAGGCAAGGAGUUAUUUCUGGAGAGGAUCACUUAAAUGACAUCCAUGUCAUGAAGUACCCUUAAAGAAGAGGCCCUCAGAAGGUUCUUCUCUUAAGAAGAUAAAGAAGGUAGUAGAAACGAGUCUCCUGAGCUUUUCUGGCCCUAAAUGGCAGCAGAAUCAAGGAAGUCUUUAGCUCCAUCCCCACCAGAUCAGGUUCCUGAAGAGGACCUUGUAAUUGUCAAGGUAGAGGAAGAUCAUGGUUGGGACCAGGAAUCAAGUCUACAUGAAAAUAACCCUCCUGGCCAAGAGCUGUUCCGCCUACGCUUCAGGAAAUUAUGCUACCAAGAGACACUAGGACCCCGAGAAGCUCUGAUCCAACUCCGCGCACUUUGCCAUCAGUGGCUGAGGCCAGAUUUGAACACCAAGGAGCAGAUCCUGGAGCUGCUGGUGCUGGAGCAGUUCUUGACCAUCCUGCCUGAGGAGCUCCAGACUCUGGUGAAGGAACAUCAGCUAGAGAAUGGAGAGGAAGUCGUGACCCUACUGGAGGAUUUGGAAAGGCAAAUUGAUAUAUUGGGACGGCCGGUCCCAGCUCGUGCACAUGGACAUAGGGUACUCUGGGAGGAGGUGAUGCAUUCAGAAUCUGCACCGGAGCCUCCAGAUACUCAGCUCCAACCUGUGGCAACGCAACACAAAUCUCCAGUGCUCCAAGGGCCACACAAUAGAGCCAUAUCAGUUUCACAGAGUCCUACCCCUUCCCAGAAAGGAAGUCCUCGAGACCAGGAGAUGACAGCUACACUGCUUACAGCAGGGUUCCAGACUUUAGAGAAGAUCGAAGACAUGGCUGUGUCCCUAAUUCGAGAAGAAUGGCUUCUUGAUUCAUCCCAGAAGGAUCUGAGUAGAGAUAACAGGCCAGAGAAUUAUAGAAACAUGUUCUCCCUGGGUGGUGAGACCAGGAAUGAGAACAGGGAAUUAACUUCAAAACAGGUAAUAUCUACUGGAAUCCAACCACAUGGAGAGACAGCUGCCAAAUGCAACGGGGAUGUUAUCGGGGGUCUUGAGCCUGGAGAAGCCCGAGACCUUCUGGGCUCAUUAGAGAGGCAGCGGGGAAAUCCCACCCAAGAGAGACGACAUAAAUGUGAUGAAUGUGGGAAGAGCUUUGCUCAGAGUUCAGGCCUUGUUCGUCACUGGAGAAUCCACACUGGGGAGAAACCCUAUCAGUGUAAUGUGUGUGGUAAAGCCUUCAGUUACAGGUCAGCCCUUCUUUCCCACCAGGAUAUCCACAACAAAGUAAAACGCUACCACUGUAAGGAGUGUGGUAAAGCCUUCAGUCAAAACACAGGCCUGAUCCUGCACCAGAGAAUCCAUACUGGGGAGAAGCCAUAUCAGUGCAAUCAGUGUGGGAAAGCUUUCAGUCAGAGUGCAGGCCUUAUUCUGCACCAGAGAAUCCACAGUGGGGAGAGACCCUAUGAAUGUAAUGAGUGUGGGAAAGCUUUCAGUCAUAGCUCACACCUCAUUGGACAUCAGAGAAUCCACACUGGGGAGAAGCCCUAUGAGUGUGAUGAGUGUGGGAAAACUUUCAGGCGGAGCUCACAUCUUAUUGGCCAUCAGAGAAGCCACACUGGGGAGAAACCCUACAAAUGCAAUGAGUGUGGGAGGGCCUUCAGUCAAAAGUCAGGCCUUAUUGAACAUCAGAGAAUCCACACUGGAGAAAGACCCUAUAAAUGUAAAGAAUGUGGGAAAGCUUUCAAUGGGAACACUGGCCUCAUUCAGCAUCUGAGAAUUCACACAGGGGAGAAACCCUAUCAAUGUAAUGAGUGUGGGAAAGCCUUUAUUCAGAGGUCAAGUCUCAUUCGACAUCAAAGAAUCCACAGUGGAGAAAAAUCUGAAUCCACAGGAGUUUAGGGAAAAACUUCAGUCGUAGAUUGGGUGUUAAUUCAACAUUAGAGGAACCAUGUGCUGGUGAGAGGUCUUUCACUGUUUUAAAAAAAAAAAAAGGCAGAAAGUUCAACAUCGUUACAACCUUAGGGUCAGAUUGAUAGGGGUGGCUAAGUUAGAAUAGCUCUUCAGUAGUUUGGGUCCAGUGCCUUGAUACAAAUUAAUUAGCUUGACUAUCUUAGGAGGUGUCUGAUAGAGUGGAGCUCCUGAUGGUCUGAUCCUUUAGAAGCUUAAAAUAGCAUUAGAGAAAUUGCUUGUGUGGCUUGAGGCACUUAACUUUGUCUUUUUGGUGAGUAGCUGUAGGUUUGAGAGUAGCUACUCCUUCUAGUUCCUCUGCUUCUUCCGAUCUCCUGUGAUCCCUGUCUCCCAUUUAUUCCCCUAAAGGUGCAUUUUGUGCUCCUAAUCUGAUCUAAGAAGCUGUUUUAAAGUUUAAAGCAGCCUCUGUAUGAGACUUACACAUCUAUUUAACUUUCUGAGCUCCUAAUUCUAGGGGAAUUUUUAUAAACACUUAAUGUAUUUAUGCUUAAGUGUACAUUUUAUUUUAUUCUAAUGCUCCUGAUAGUGGAAAUCCAUAUUCCCAUGCAAACUCAGAAUGCUAUAUUUUUAACAGCACUCCAGCAUUUUUCUUCAUAUAUCACCUUCACUGACUCCCCUGAGUCACUGAGCAUCCAUACGUAUCCUUCACCACCCCCAGCCCCAGUACCUGUGUCAGCAAAGGAAGUGGACGCAUUAGUGAUGGUUGUGGGAAUGAUGCAGAAAAAGAGGUGAGUGGAGACUCAGCAGCAGCAGCUCGGCUGCUCUUGAGCUUGGAUGGUUUAUACCUUUUGGUAAUUUGACUCUCCUUUUCACCUUCCCACUGUACACUGUGGUACAAAUAGGUAUUUAUACUAUCCUCAUUAAGGGGUCACAUGGGAAAAAAAGACAGAGGUGCUUGAAGAAGACAUAAAAAUCCUGCAAAGAAUGUACACUCAUCUCUUUUGGUCCAUCACAGUACUGCUCUCUCAGGUUCCUGUCAGUCUGCACAAACCCCCUGACUAGAUGGUCUGCCACUCUUGCUUUACCUUGAACCCACCUCCUUAGAUGGCCUCAGCACCUCCCUCACUCUUUAUCUGUUUCUUGCCAUUAGCUUUACAUAUCUACAGUGUUCAUCGGUUGAGUACUUCACCUAACAAUUCCUCUUUCUUCUGAAUUCUGGUGCAUUCCCUCUAUAAUCCAGCAAAGACACAAUAUUAAACUCAUCAUCACCAGGCACUAUAAUUCAUCUUUGAAGCUUUCAGUAUACCAGCGGAUACUGUAUAAAGUAAUGAGGCUGGUUUAAAGUUACCAUCAAGAACUUACAGAAGAAUCCAAACAUGGGUUGUCUUUUUAAAUUGGGCAGUUCUAGCUAUUCUAGUAGUACUGCUAUUCCAAGUACUACCACUCCUCUAGGUAUUUGGAACACUCUCAAGAUUCCCAUUUAAUACAUCAUUCAAGAAAAACGCUCUGUUACUCUGAAUUUCAUCUCAUCUUUGACCAUCUGGUUAUGCACUUAUUCACCAUAUUUGGAAUUGAGUAACUUUUAACUAUUUCCAAAAUCACCUUUCAGAAUGGGAAUUGAUUCCAUUAGUCUUAUCCAGAAGAAUAUGACAUACAUUGUGGUGAAAGCUCCAAGAGAAAUUAUACAUUUUCACACGGACUAUCCUGAACAGGGACUGCACUUACUAAUAGUGUUUUAUGAUUAAUGUAAGUCAGUCGUAAAAUAAUACAUCAUAGAGGUCUGCCUUUUGGAUCAUAAAUUCCUUCCUGUAACAUCCCUUCUGUACCCCACUAUGGCCCAUAUUGAUUAUUAAUCACAUCAGAGUUAUCUACACCUAUUUCAUUGAGCCAUUGAUAUCCACUUGUCAUUUGUCAUCCUGGUUUCCUUGGUUAACUUUUUCAAAACAAUGCUUUUCAUUAUCUUUUAUUUUCUUAUCCUCUCUUCUCCCUCUGCUUUCCCUUUUUUUAGCCUAUAGAUUACUAUUCCUAACUCCUUUGUACUUGAAAUUACAAGAAACCAGAAACAAAUCUAGUUGUCUCUAGAUCUUCGCUCUCUGCUUCAGUUGUGCCUUACUUUCUGUAAAAUACUAAUUCUGCCUGAGGCCAAGGUUACCUGUGUACAAAUAUCAUACAGGAUGGGUACGUUGUCAGAGGGAGAGUGUGUGUAUGCAUGUGCAUGUAUGCACACACUCCUCCCAAAUAGUUCAGAGGAACAGUAGUCUUCCAGUGAAAGCUGUUAGCAGAGCUGUUAGCAGAGUAUUGAAAUGACUUGUAGAUGUACCAGCUAACAUCUCUUUACAUUACUCAACGUAAUGUAUAGCCAGAUUACUUAACUCUUAGAAUUACUGAGCAUCUGGUAGAAAUUUAGAGAAAAGAAAAUAUGACCAGAAAGAUGAGUAUUAUACUGGGAUACAUGUGAGACAAGACUAUGACUUGAUAGAACAAUAUAUGUCAAGGCUGAUUCAGCACACCUAUAGAUGUAGCCAAAUAGUUUGCAACAGCAGAAAAGAGCUGUUGUUUCUUCGUGGGCAUAAGUAGAAGUCCUUUCUUGGUCUACAGUUUUCACUCUUAGCAUUGAUCAGUCUGUAUGACCUUACUUUGAGCUCCUAACUAUGAGUGACAGCACUAAAUUCCUUUAUCCUGCAGAUUCUAUUUUUAUACUUGUAAUCUGAAAUUAACUGUUCACCAGUACUUUCUUCUCCUAUACUCAACUUUUUAAGACCUGGCAUAAUAAGUGGUUCUUCCGUAACAGUUGCCAUCCAACAUGGUCCUAGGAGAGACAUCUUACGUUUCAAAGAUUUUCUGCAUUGAGUAAGGUGGUUGUGGUUGAUUCCCAUAUAGAACAGUUAGUUUUAUUCUUGGUUCUGAGGGUCUAGAUAUUGCUUUUAUUUAUUGAGCACUUACUGUGUGUCAAACCCUAUUUCUCAUGCUUAUGAUAGAUAUUUUGAUAUGAUAUCCUCUAUUUUAUAGAUGAGGAAACUGAGGCUUAGCUGAAAAGUUACUGGGGAAGGAAAUAGGCAGUAUAGUGCAAAUCCAUUACAAUUACUGGAAAAUUGGUUGAAAAUGUCAUUUUGGUUUAUUAUUAUAUCAUCUUUAAAUGUUGAUAAUUUUGGUCCUUUGUAGUAUUAGAAAGCUAAAUUCUACAAGUAAAACAUGUUUAAACUUGGGAGGAAAAGCAGUAACUUGUAAUUCAAAUACAUUUCUCUCUAAACUGCCCCAGGGAAAGUGGCAUUAUGGGGGAAAAUGAAAUAUCCAUGUCUUAGGCCAGGCAAAUGGACAUUUAGGAUGACAACAGUAAGUUCAUCUACAGCAUAAGAUGUGUAAAAGCUUCAAUUUUACUGCUCAUUUCCAACUACCAUUUUCUUAUUCUAUCAUUCAUGGUUUUUCAAACAUGUCAUCUGUUGUUAAACCCCAUUUCCUCAUUAAUGCAUUCUUAAAACUCGUUUUUGGCUUUUGUACUCACGCCACUGAAAUGUCCUCAGAAUCACCAGUGGAUAAAUAUUAAUGCCUUUUCUUAGCUCUUAUCUUUUUUUUUUUUUGACCAACCAGGUAACAUGUGGGACCUUAGUUCCCUGACCAGUGGUUGAACCUGUGCCCCCUGGGAUGCAGAGUGGAUACAGAGUCUUAACCAUUGGACUGCCAGGAAGGCCACAGUUCUUGUCCUUACAUUUCAUAAUUUUUGAAUUGACCCUGCAUCUUGGGAAUUCUCCUUUGAGAAUUGGUCGAUUUCUUCACUUUGAGCUUUUCUCUAUGCAUCUUUUUUUUCCUCCUUUCCUCUGAAAAAAAAUCCUUAAUUUUAUUCACUACUUUUUCUAUACUCCUCUUUAUCCAUUUGGAUUAUUUAUACUUAUGUAUUUCAGUAACUUAAUAUUUUCUACCCUAUGGGUUGUCUCUUAACUUGUGAACUUUUCCACGGGUACUUAUAUAACUUGGUAUUUGGAGACAGAACUCGUUACUGUGUCCCCAACCACCAUUUUCCUUUUAAAUAGGCAUCUUUGGUUAACAUCUUUACCCUUAACAGACUCACUACCCUUUAUAUUUCUUAUCCCAAUCUUGGAGUGGUCUUUUAGUCUUUUUCUGGUUUUCACUGUUCAUGUCCAAUAUCUUGUUAAGUUGUUCCAAUUCUUAGUUUUCUCCUUGAGGCUGGAUUUUUUUUUCCCCCUUCCCUUGUUUCUGCCAUUUCUUUGUAUCCUUCUCUGCAGAUACAUAUCAUCUGAGGCCCAGGUUAUUGUAAUUCUUGCUUUUCAGUUUCCUUACUCCCAAGAUCCCCACCUUGUUUGCUUCCAAGAUUGUCCUCCUCAAACUCCAUUUUUCUGAUGUCUCAUUUCACAAGAUAAUCAAGAUAAUUUUCACAUCAGGUAAUUCCUAUCAGAGCAGUGAUAGGACCCUGUCCUCUUAUUACCUUGUCCUCAUAUUUAAUCUGCCUCAGCCCCAUUUCUCUCUAGCAUAUUCACCUUGAUUCAUCAUAGUCACACUUCCUGUGACCUUCCACUGAUGUCUUAUAAAGCCCUUGCCUCUGUGCCUUUCUCAUGCUGUUCCUUUUGCUUAGAUUUUUCUUUGGCCCCAGCUCAUGUUCAUUACUCCCUUCAAAGACUAGCUUCCAUUGUAUCUUCUGAGUGAGCUCUCCCUGAUGAUUUCACCCUUAUUCUGUGCUGCCUCAGCACUGAUCCUUUAAGUUUGUAGUGUGGUCCAUGCACUUACUAAUAUGUUGUUUUGUAAUUAUUUUCUAGCACUCUGUAUUGUAGUUUCAUGUUUGUAUUUAUUUCCAAAAUUAAAUUGUAAGCUCCUUGAGGGCAGGAAUAACAACUUUUACAUUUGUAUCUCCACACCCCUUAGUGCCUAGUACAGUGCUGAGCACAUAGUAGGCGUUUAAUAAAUGCUUGUCAAAUUAU